CCGAACUAUUUCAAGGUGUCGGGGACCACAAAGACACUUGGUGCCCAAGUCAGCUCGGCAUCUCACACCGAUGCAUCCAGCCUCGGCACGGAUGCCGCACACGGCAGAGCCAUUGCAAGUCGCAGUAGCUGCGCCACUUUGUUCUCCGAUUGCAGAGGAUGCAGUCAUCGUUGACAUGUCGUCACCACCAGCCUCUCAACCAGAGAUGCCAGAAAGUCCGCCCAAUCACUUGAUCGGUGCCGAGUACGGCUCGCUGCGCGUCUUUCUCCGGCUCGUUCCAGUGCCGGCGCCCAUGCGACUGCAACUGCUUCUCGAUGCUGCGAGAGACCUCGCAUCGACGCACGACCACGGCGCGUUUCACGGCGACGUGUCAUGUGCGGCCAUUGGCGUCAGUGAUGCGGUCGGCGGCGGCUACGUGGCGCAUCUGGCCACCCAUCGCAACAUCGACACCCAAGACACGACGAGUCUGGCGGACGAACAGGCAAUUGACGUCCGCAGCUUUGGUUUGUGUCUCAUUGAAGCCUACCAUGGCGUGGUCGGCGCGAAUUUCGGUGACCGCCGGCCGGACGCGAUGCCGGUGGCUCUCUGGACAUUGGCCAGCGACUUGUCUCAGUCGCCAACAAGUGAAAGACGCACCAUGAUGGAUGUCGUUACGGCGCUCGAAGCGAUGGUCCAGCAGACGCAAGCACCAACUGCUCUACGCGUUGAGGAUGCUGAAGCCAAAACGAACGACACGGAUACCAUGACGUUGGCCAAGCGUCGUCGCGCCCAUCGCUGUGCCCUUCUCGCGGCACUGGUACUGGCGCUCGUUGCUAGCGCUGUUUGUGUCGCUCUGAUCCCGUCAUGGGAUAGCCAAGCAGACAACUCUGGGACAGACAAUUCGACGGCGACAUCGACGCCGACACCAACACCGACAACGACAACGACACCAACGACAACGACACCGACACCAACGACAAUCACGCUGACCGACCACUCGUACACUGUCUCGACGUAUGCUGGCAGCACCCUCAUCACAUCAUUUGUGUACCCUCCGUUGGGUAUCGCGGGCAAUGCAACGUACCUCUACGUCGCCGACACCCCCACGUCGAUCAUGCGCAUCGAUCGAUCGAGCAGUACGUGGACGACCAUCGCUGGCAGCUCGACCAGCGGCUUUACCGACGGCGCCGGCUCGAGCGCCGCUUUCAAUGGUAUUCAAGGCAUCGCGCUGUCGCCCGACGGCACAUUGUAUGUGGCCGACUCCAACAACAAUGCUGUCCGCGCGGUCGAUGCCGUCGGUGUCGUCACGACGGUUGCGGGCACGGGGGUCAUGGGCAGUGCCGAUGGGAGCGUCAGCACUGCCAUGUUUUACAUGCCAAAAAGCGUUGCUGUUGCCUCGAGCAAGGUCCUCGUUGCCGACACGUACAACUACAACGUGCGAUCGAUCGCCGCCGGUGUCGUCUCGACGUUCUCGGGCUCGGGCGUCUCGGGCCAAGCGUCGGGACUCUCGCCAACGUAUAAUCAUCCCGCUGGGAUCGCGGUGGCACCGUCGGGUAUCGUCUACGUCACGGACAGCAACAUGGUGCGCAAGAUUGCUCUUGACGGCAGCGUCACCAACAUUGGGAGCAGCACGGCCGGCCACAACGACGGCAUCGGCGCCAGCGCUGCCUUUGACAGCCCAAUCGGCGUCGCUGUUGACGUGGACGGUAUUGUUUAUGUCAUCGACACUGGCAACCACUGCAUCCGCGCGAUCGAUGCCAAUGAUAACGUCAUCACGAUCGCCGGUGUUCCUGGCACCAGCGGCGCACAAGACGGGGCAGGCAGUACCGCCACGUUCAGCGGGCCCCAGUUCAUUUGGAUCGACGCGUCCGGAGCUCUUUACGUCACAGAUGCCAUGAACUUUAGCAUUCGGCGGCUCGCGUAUACCUAGCCCUCCCAUCGUAACUUUAUAACUCGCCUCUCACAAACCAUCGAAA